AUGUUCACCUUCACUUUCCAACUCUUUUCUUUGCUCCUCCUUUCUACCACCGCCACCGCUCAACCAUACAAAGCCACCGAAAUCUUCCUCCUAAACUGCGGUUCUUCCUCCAGUGCCAUAACUUCCGGGAGGAGAUGGGAUGGUGAUGAAAAUUCUAAAUUCGUACCCUCCAACAUCGCCACCACCUCCUUUUCAUCCCAACCUUCGGUCCAACAUCCUUCAGUCAAUCUUAUCCCUUACGCCACUGCUCGAAUCUUUAACAGUUUUUCAUUCACCUACAUGUUUCCGGUCUCCCAAGGCCCUAAAUUUCUCCGCCUCUAUUUCUAUCCGGCCACCUACUCCGGCCUCAAAGCAAACGAAUCUUUCUUCUCGGUAUCAUCCAAUGGUUUCUCUCUCUUUUCCAACUUCAAUGCUUUCCUUACUACCUCCUUUCUCUCCCAAUCAGGUCACAAUGUUUUCAGCUUUGUGAAAGAAUACAUCAUCUACGUAAAAGAUACCCAAAUCCUAAACGUUACUUUUACACCCUCACCCAACUCGUUUGCCUUCAUCAAUGGUAUUGAAAUUGUUUCUAUGCCGGAAAAGUUGUAUUUCAAGAAUAUAAAGAUAAGGUUCGUGGGAACACAUUUAGGCCCUGUUAUUGAUGAGUACACGAGUCUUGAAAAUAUGUAUCGGCUAAACGUGGGCGGGGCACAAAUUUCAGGCAACGGUGAUACCGGUAUGUAUCGAUCAUGGGAUUCUGAUGAGUCUUACUUAUUUCAUUCUUUAAUGAUGGGAAUGACGCCUCUUAGUCAUAUUCCGAUAACGUACACAACGAACACACCUGAUUAUACCGCACCUAAGCUAAUUUAUCAAACCCAAAGGAGUAUGGGCAAUCACUCUGACCAAUAUAUUCGGACUUGGAGACUUCCUGUUGAUUCUGGGUUUUGGUACAUGCUCAGGCUCCAUUUUUGCAACCUUAUACCACAAUACACGCUUAAAGGACAGAUGAUUUUCAAGCUCUUCAUUAAUAAUGAAACUGCUGAGGAUGAAGCUGAUGUAUUCUUCUGGACUCCAGGAACCGGGUAUCCUGUAUUCAAGGAUUAUGGUGUGUUUAUGAACGACAUAGAUGGCCACGGAAGCAAGCGAGAUUUGUGGCUCUCAAUGCUUCCCAAUGACCAAUCUCAAGAAUAUCGUGAUGCUUAUUUGAAUGGUUUGGAAGUCUUCAAGUUGAACAUGACUGGUAAUCUUUCUAGCCCCAACCCGAAUUCUAGCUUUACAACACCACCAGAAAAGCCGACAUCUCCCAUUAAACUGAAAAAGAAGACAGCUCCAUAUGUCGUGAUAAUUGGAGGUGUUGGAGGAGGAAUAGUCUGGUUUUCUGUUCUUGUACUUAUGGUUUUCUGGUGGCGAAGUGGAGCCGUAGAUAAGUCAUGGUGGGGCCGAACUUCCACUGAAUCAAACCCUACAAAGUUGCCCUCGGAUCGCUGUCGUUGUUUUACACUUAAACAACUCAAACUUGCUACGGAUGAAUUUAACGAAAACUUUGUCAUAGGCAACGGAGGGUUUGGCAAGGUAUACAAAGGGUAUAUUGACAACGCAAAAACCAUCGUAGCAAUCAAACGACUCAACCAAUCAUCCAGCCAAGGUUUUUCAUGA